CCCUCCCUCCCUCCCUUUCUUUCUCUCUUUCAUUCCAUGCAGUCUGUUCUCUCUCUCUCUCUUUCUCCCUGCUUCCUCUAUUAUGCCCCCAUUUUGUCCUCUGCCAUUUCCCUCUCUCUCAUUCCUCCAUGUUCUCUCCAUCCUGUUGUUCGGCUCACUCUUCCGAGUCACAAACUUUAUGUUGACAACCUUUAUUGAAUCUGCCACGUGAUCAGUGACACCCAUACCUGGCUGUUUUCGGAAUCUAGUUGAAUUUCUGCCAGUUUGGAUUUUGACUUUGAUUCAACAAGUGGUCCAUAAUAUUAAGUUGGACCUCUACAGUCGCUCCGGUAACCAACCAAUGAGUAGCGUGGUUACGUUUCCAGCGUGCGCCCAACGAUAGCCUAGCGUAUACGUAGCAUGUAGCAUGGCGAUCCUGCAACAGUCUGUUCACCACCGUCUCAUUUUGCUGAAGACACCCCAAAAAGACUGGGUUCCGCCUCUUGGGAAUCAUUAGCUUCGUCCGUGGCCUCCACCUCCUCUCAGACAACCCUUGCCUGAAGGUGCGGGAGACUUUAUUUUGACGUAUUGCAAACCUUCCCUAAAGAUGCUGUGUAGUGAAGUGGCUUCAUGAAACAGUGUCCUCAUUUCCAGACUCACGAGAUGGUGCUCUCUGCUCUGAAAUCCUUUAAUCGAGGUCAGGCAGGUGGAGUAGGUGUGGCAGCCUCACUGCGCGAAGGUCAGAGUUCAGCUGGAGUCCACCCUGAGCUCGAAACCUCUGCCUGUGCUGGCAUGGAUGACUUGAUGGCACGAUAUUGUGGGUGAGUGUGUUUCUCUGUGAGGACUGGAGAAUGUAACGAUCCCGAAUUUUAAUCAGAAAUGAAAUGUGUUCAUUUGUGAAGAGCAGUGUCAAAGCACAUGACAGGAAAUGACAGCUGAGGAGUUUUGAAUUAGUGCUACUUCCAUUCAUUAAUUGACAUGCUACCAGCCAGUAGCAUGUUGACAUCCAUCUGUGGUGUAUACAGGUGAUAGUUACUCAUUAGCAUCUUGCUAACCUGCUGUAGCGUAUAUAGCUAGUCGUUUCUUAUCUAAGCCAUGCUAACACAAGCUAUCAUAUAAAUGAUAGCUACUCAAUAGCAUCAUGCUAACCUGAAGUAAAGACACAGAGGAGAUCAAAUUUAACAGGUCGUAGUUUGACUCCUGGACGUAGGUUGGUUGUGUGGGUGUUAUUGUCAAACUUGGUUAACUAUCUGCUUUUGCGUUGUUGCACAGACUUCAUCAGAGCACUACUGCCACCUGCAGGAGUGGAGGUUGAUGUAGUGGCCGUCCAUCUAUUCACACCUCCUCUGCUCUCGCGUCUCCAUAAAGUUGUUGACGAUCCCUCAGCUGUCGGUCAGCGUCGUGAGGAAGACAAGUCCAAUAAGUCAUGCCUCCAUCCAUCUUCCACCGCAUUCUGCUCUUCCCCUCCCCCCUGCCUCUCUUUAUCUCUCAUAUUCUCUCUCUCCCCUCCCGUCUUUUCCUUCCAUCCGUCCACCUCCGCCCCUCUCCGUCCGCUCUCUCCUCCGUUCGCUCCGAUUCUUGUCAGUCAUCUCAUCCUCGCUCCAGCGCGCGUGAGAAUUCUGGAAAUGACGGCUUGAUAAACGUGGAAGGAGAGUAGAGGACGGAGGGAUGAUGACAAAGGUGAGGAGGCGAGAGGAGCUGAGAGGUGUUGCUCGGGACCGACGUUUGACCAAGUUUGAGGCUCAGGAACACUUCAUUAGCAAGUUUGUUUAUUUGUGAAGGAGGAGUGGGAGGGGCCACGCUAGCCCCGCCCCCUCGAUCCCUCCGUAUAAGUAGCAGCCGAGCGUAGACUGUCAGUCGCACUGAAGAAUGAGAUCUUUGAAGCACCUGAAGCCUCACGGCAGGAGGAGUGCGGAGGAGGCGAGCCGGCGCCUGGGUAGAUGUGAGCCCAAGGUAAUGGCCCGGCUGGUGGACAUUAGCACACAAACAGAUCCAGUUGUGGUGCUGUCCUUGGCCCAGGCCGCCGUGCUAGGUCUCAUCUCCCAGAAUGAAGUAUUUGGCGCUACGAUUGCACCCAACGGCUUCUACACCGGCGAACCCAAAGAGUCUCCUGCUCCCACAGUAGACGGAGUCGACUACGAGUACGCAGACCAGCUCAUUGGCGCCAACGGCGAUUACCUCGGGGAGAAUUUGGGAGAAGACGGACAGAUGCAACCCAGCUGCAGUCAGAGGAGGUGGCAGCAAGGGCCGCCACCGCCACCGCAGCAGAUUCCGGACAGCAAAAUGAUCUUGCCGGACCGUCACGGCCUUCAGGGCGGCGAUUUGGUCUCUCAAAUCAAAGGGGAAGUGGUGAGCACCGGGAUUACCUCAUGUGUCCAUAUGCUGAACAACAUGGCUCCCAGAGGAGGGCUCGUGCAGGUCGACCCAGCAACCCUCAGAGGGCCCAACAAGAACUGCGCCGAGUGUGAGAGGGAGGCGUCCAACCAGCAGCAGGCCAACGCACACGUGCACCCCACUCCCAGCCAGGUGCCACACAGAGGGGUGGAGCAAGCCCACAGAGCUCUGCAAGUCCAGAGGCCAAUGGGGGGUCCAGGGAGGGGAGUCCGAGAGGACGGGGAGGACUUGGAACACCAGGGAAACAACAUGAUGAAGCAGCAGGAUGAAGCGAUCAGCAGUUACUUCCAAACCAGUGAAGUGGGCGGCUAUGAUUCUGGGGAAAUGAGCAUGGCUGGGGAGUAUGAAGACAACAGCCAGAAUAUGAUGUGGACCGAUGGUACGGCGGCAGGACAACACCAGCAGCCCCCUCACCAACAACAGCCGCGGCGACAUGGCGGUCGGCGAGUGGACAGGCUGGACAUCAAUAUCCAGAUCGACGAGUCCUACUGCGUGGAUGUGGGCGACGGUCUGAAGCGCUGGAAAUGUCGCAUGUGCGACAAGUCUUACACAUCCAAGUACAACCUGGUCACUCACAUCCUCGGCCACAACGGCAUCAAACCCCACGCGUGCCCCCACUGCGGGAAGCUCUUCAAGCAGCCCAGUCACCUUCAGACCCACCUGUUGACGCACCAAGGAACGCGGCCGCACAAGUGCACCGUCUGCAAGAAGGGCUUCACUCAGACCAGCCACCUGAAGCGGCACAUGCUCCAACACACGGACGUGAAGCCGUACAGCUGUCGCUUCUGCCGCCGCGGCUUCGCCUACCCCAGCGAGCUGCGAGCGCACGAGGUAAAGCACGAGCGCGGACGCUGCCACGUUUGCUCGCAGUGCGGGAUGGAGUUCCCCACUUACGCUCAUUUGAAACGUCACCAGACGAGCCAUCAGGGUCCGCACACCUUCCAGUGCACCGAGUGCAACAAGUCCUUCGCCUAUCGGAGCCAGUUGCAGAACCACCUGCUGAAGCACCAGAGCCCGCGGCCGUACACCUGCACCCAGUGCGGCUUAGAGUUUGUGCAGCUCCAUCACCUGCGACAGCACUCGCUCACACACAAGGGGAUGAAGGGCCACAAGUGCGACGUGUGCUCCCGAGAGUUCACAUUGUCGGCCAACCUGAAGAGACACAUGCUGAUCCACAACAGCGUUCGGCCGUUCCAGUGCCACGUCUGCUUCAAGAGCUUCAUCCAGAAACAGACGCUGAAGACACACAUGAUCGUGCACCUGCCCGUCAAACCCUUCAAGUGCAAAGUGUGCGGCAAGUCCUUCAACAGAAUGUACAACCUGCUGGGCCACAUGCACCUGCACGCCGGCAGCAAGCCCUUCAAGUGUCCGUACUGCACCAGCAAGUUCAACCUGAAGGGGAACCUCAGCCGCCACAUGAAGGUCAAGCACGGGAUGGACGUGUCGCCCGAGGGACAAGAAGUCCUCCCGGAAAUGGACAACACGGGCGAGUACGAAUCACAGAACUUCAACUUCACCUCACCUGAGAACAUGGACAACAACGGCUCCCAGAACCUCACCAAGCUGACCACAGCAAACAUGGAGGACAUGGAGGAGUAUUACAACUUUGGCAAGGACACCGGCAGCUACUCCACGAGCUGAGCGCCGCCGUGGCGCCCGGCCUUCUUCCGAAGGAAACAACAGAGCGGUGAAGACUCUGGAGGUACCAGAGGGGGAUGAGGAGUUUUGGCUUCCUUCCAGCUGGACUGAGUGACUGGAGGCCCCGAAGGAGACGCACUUCUGAAGCGGAAAAAUGUCUGAAGCUCCUAAUUUGGAUGAGUCCCGGACGCUCCUGGCCGACAGGCUCCAUGUUGUGUGUAUGUAUCGACUAAAAUAGCUGGGAUCGUUGUUCGCCUCUUGGUCGCUGAUCAUCGACGUCAUGUUUCCACUCUAUCUAUUUACUCUCUAUAUCCUGACCUUGAUACAUAAUCACAACAUUCUAGGUUGGAAUGCUGGUGCAGAAGGUUGUAGCUUCUCGACCGUCCUGGUGAAACCUCGGAACAAACCACUUCGCUGAGCCUUUUUUUUAGUUCACCGAGCCAAGCACUUUUCUCUCGGAGACCACGACUGUGGUUUGUUCUCCCCAGGAGGCGCGUGAGGGAUGGCACUUUUAUUUUGAAACCUCUCGCCAGGAACACGCUCAGUCAUGAGUUUAGUUUUGCGAUAAAUGUCAAUGUCUCCUCUCAUUUCAUUUGAACUGCUUCAGCAGGGAUUUGUUUUCCCUUUUUGCUGGUGCAAAAUUCAAUAUUCUGCUUUGUUAUGGUGACAUCUAGUGGUGCUAACCGUUACCAGCCGUCCUCAUUAGAAUUCUAUUCUAUUGACAUUUUUCAGGAAAAGUGUUGCCAUUUUUUUCUGGUGACUUUGACGUACAGUCAUGCUACGUCAACAGUACAGGUCACUGUUAAACUUUAAAGUCUCCAGAAAAACUGCUCGCUAACUGAUGGCUUCAGCAUUAACUGAAGAGACUUGAAACAAAUUGAAACAGGCGGGUCUAAUUUCAUUUAAAAAUCGGAAAGAAUGGUUUAUUAUUUCCUGAUUUACUGCCGUAAAAAAAAAAAACCGUUCCAUUCUUUGCUUUUGUCAUUGACACCCAGCUACUGUUGCUAGCCGUUAGCAAUGAGUCUGUUUAGUAAUAAUUAUUUAAAACUGUUCGAAAUUGUUGAAAUUCUACCCAGUUUUCAGUGACAUUGAUGUACGGUCACGCUACAUCAACAGCCUUUGAAGCAGCUCAUAAUGGAAAAAACAGAAAUAUUCAUAGCGAAAUAGCAACGCUUCGUUCGAUGCAGUUCUGAUUUAACUUAAAUAUCUUAAACAAUUAUUAGUUCCCGUUUUACUGGCGUAACAAACAGGGACCACUCUGCUUUUGUCACUGUCACCCCUUAGUACUGUUGCUAACCGUUAGCGACCCAUCUAUAUUGUUGAUUUAGAUCCAGGAAGUGCAAAGCUUAAUUGACACCAAAACACAACAAGCUUUGCAACUUAAUAUAAAAAACAGUUUCGCUUCAUAAUAAACGUCCUCUGGCCUGCUAUAGUUAAUUCCAUUGAACCAUUCCUUAAUUUUGUUUUAACACCCUGCUAAUGUUGCUAGCUACCAGCAGUCUUUAAAAGCCUCUUUAAAAUUCUUAUUUUGCUGCCAACACUUCUCCUGUACAAACCAAAAAAAGUUCAUGGCAAACACUUAAUUUACUCAUCAUUUGCUGCCAGAGCACUUUUAUUUUGAAAAAGUGGGAGCGCGUCCUGAAAGUUUAGUUUUGUGUUCACUGUUAACCAGCAUGUUUAUUAUUAUUUCCUCUCUUUACUGGUGUAAAAGCUGUUCUCUGUCUUGGCACCUUGCUAGUGUUGCUAACUGUUAGCAACCAGUCGGUUUAGAAUUCUCCCUGCGCUGCCAACUUCUAGUUUUAAACUCAAACACGUCGAUCAUUGUGGCCAUCAGAUGAGGCGCAUUACUUUUGCUGCCACAGCACGUUUAUUUUGAAAAGCCACUUGAUGAUUUUGGGUUUCUUUUUCUAAAGCUUCAAUAUUUUUUUUUUUUGACAGAGAAAUCUAAAGCGGAUAAAUACAUCUUUACCAUUGAUUACAGUGCAAGUGGGCAUCAUUCCCUGUGUGCUAACUGUAUGCUAAGUGUUAGCAACCAUUCAUACUUUAGCGAUUAUUUAAUUCAGGAAGGCACCAAUUCAACGUCAACAGUCCCCAAAAAGUAAAAUCUCACAAGAAACUAGGCGUCAUUGCUAAUGUAGCAGACGGCUUUAAUGAACAUCGGCUAAUGACGGUUUAGCCUUGAGGUUGUUUAGUGUUUCAGAGUUUCAAAACAAAAGUCUCCUUGCUGCGGAACUGCAGAGACGAUAAUGUUGUCAACGUUACGGUACUUUUUUCUUUCUCAGUAGGUCUUUGUAACACGCACUUUUCUCAGCGUUUCAGUUCAAAUGGAGGAAACUUGUUCUCUCUCUCUCCAGCCUGUUCUUCACUUCACGUUCAGUCAUCUGUGGUUCUGACGGACAGCACACUCCACCAGGGGGUUUUAAAAUGGCUGCCGCGGCGGCUUCAGUCCGGGGCAGGUUGAGUUGAAGCAGGACUGAGGACGGUGGCUGUGUUUCGGGGAUGGGCUCCCCCUGUCCUGCCGUGCAGGUCAGCCUCCGUAUGCACACGACACCGCAGGACUGGUCGAGUAGGUCCGUUUUGUUUUUCAGGUAAAAGCUGAAAAUGAGAACUGUUUAAUAAAAGUUCUAGAGUUUGA